GAUGGUAGCAUCAACAUCAGCGGCAGCUCAAGCUUCUGAAAACGAGAAGAGGAGGAAGCAGGCGUUGGAGAAGGUCAAGGCCAACCAGCUCUCGAGACAACUGCAAAUGCGAUUGCAAUAUGCAAGGUUAAAGGUGGAGCACGGCUGGCAAAAGCAGAGUCUGAACGAGGUGGAAAACCUAUACUUCCACAACUCGCACCUAAGGACGUCAAAACCCUUUACGCAAGCUCUCCCAGCCGUUGUGACCACUCAGCCACGGCAAACCUCCGCAUUUGCCGUUCAAAGUUCAGCGCCGGCCCAGUCUUCCUUGUCAUUCAAACUAGGCACUUCGACUCUUGUUCGAAACUCUUUGAGUUCGAAUACAAAUCUUCACUCAGGUCAUGAAUCAACCGACAACUCUUCAGAACAAUCCUCCUCUCAUCACGGAUCGCAGGUUACUGCAACUCCUGUUGUUCAUUCUACCUCUACCCCGAGCUAUAUCGUACCUUCGAUUUCUCGUGCUCCAGAGGCUCCUGCACCAAUGGCUGUUGACUCUCGCCCAACAGCUUCAUCUUCACUAACCGCAGCGAGUCCUACUCGAGGUCCCCAGAUCACAAGCACACAGGACGCCACCCAACCUUCAAUGCAAACAAAUUCAAUCGAUGUAACUAAAUCUUCAUCCACACCACAAACCAGUCAACCCUCGGUUGAUAAUGGGAUUCCUGUAACAGCGGCAGCGGCAGUUUCAGCACCAGAAACGACAGCAACGAUGUCGGUUUCCGUAACAAAUCAUUAUCCAGCUGUCAAGCAGCCACGUCCGCGAGCACAGAAGGGCACUGUCGGAGCGAGAACACAAUCGAGUCUCACAGCAAGAGACAUGUAUAAUUUUGGGACAACCUCGGCAUUGACAUACGACUCCUUCUGGUCCUCACACUCGGGCCCCUCUGCUGUUCGACCUCCCAGAGGUUCAUUUGGCACUGGUGUCGCUGAGGUGACACAGACGUCCCAGAUCCCUGGAGAUUUUACAAGUGGCAUCGCAGACUCUGCGCGUUCGGCUGGUCCACCUGCUACCUCAUCCGCUUUAUCUUCAAACCUCAAGCCUAUUCCAUACGCCCCCUCCGCGCCGCCGCCGACAAUGACAACGACACCAACACUCAACCCAUCCCGAAACCAUAAUAAUAUCACCUCGUA